AUGAGAAUAAAAGCUGAUUUUACAAGAAUCAUGAGUAUAACUCCAACUACUCUUCCGAUUGCAAUUAUCAAUGAUAUAAGAAAUGGAUUUGGUGCUAAGAGUAUUUUAGAGGAUGAUACCAUUCAGAAACAUUAUUUAGAUGUAACUUUAUCUCCUUUACAAGCAUCUAAUAUCCUUUAUGAUUCAAUUUUACAAUUUCUCUUUGCAGAUUAA